AUGGAAGAAAGAAUGCUUACUCCUCGCCUGUUUCUUGUUUACAUGAUCAUCUUCUCUUCGGCUACAGUCUCACCGGCUUCAGCGUUCAUGUCAUGGUUCAGGAAACGUCCCGUGCAGAAUGUGACAGUGAUCAACGAAAUAGAGAGCAGAGCAACCAUGAUAACUAAUUGCAGGACAAUAUUCUUUGACUAUAAGAUAAAAGAUAUCCCUUAUGGGGAAUCUUUUUCCUUUUCUUUUGUUCCUGAUGUGUGGGGGACAACAGCAUAUUGGUGCAAAUUUACUUGGAAUGAUACAAUGUCAAGAAAAGAAGUUUCAGCCGUCCUCUUGGUUUUUGAUGCAUUGAAAGAUGAUGAAAAACAUUGUGCUCCAGAAUGUCGGUGGAGGAUCUCAUCAACGGGCUAUAGAUUCUGGGAUGGAUUCCUAAGUUGGGGAACCUUCUCUGUCAGAAGGUUGAAGUAA